AUGCCGAGGAACCGAAUGGCACUGACAGUAUGCCUGAUCCUGGUGUCAGUCAUCGACUCAGUCCUCGUUGGUUACAAUAGCAGUCUUAUGGGAUCGUUGAACGUGAUGCCGUCAUACUCGAGAUACUUCAGCUUGACCACUGCGACCAAGUCCCUCAAUACCGCAAUUUCUUACACUGGAGGUGCCUUCAUCAGCUUGUUCGCUGGCUUCAUCGUCGAAUGGAGGGGAAGAAAGGAGUCCAUUCUCUGGGCUGCCACUGGUGCCGGUAUUGGAGGCAUCAUCCAAGGGUCGGCGCAGAACAUCGGCAUGUUCAUUGCUGGACGACUGAUUGUUGGCAUGGGCAUGGGUCUGGCUCAGACAGCUGCUCCAACUCUUGUGGCAGAAACACUGGACAAACAACACCGUGCUUUCGCUCUUGGGCUGUAUUACGCCUGCUGGGGCGUUGGCACCUUGGUUGCCUCCGGAGUCUGUUACGGCACCCAGCAUAUCGACGGUACGGCCGCAUGGAGAAUUCCAUCUCUCCUCCAAGCAGCCCCAGCCAUAGCGGCUGUGCUCAUCCUGUUCUUCGUGCCUGAGUCACCGCGUUGGUUGAUUAGCCAUGACCGUCACGACGAGGCUCUUGAGGUCCUGAAAGUCGUCAAUGGCACAGACGAGGACGGAGUCCAGGUUCAGUAUCGUGAGAUCGUGGACACAAUUGCUCUGGAGAAAAGCUUCAACAAGAGUAUUCCGCAGGCCCUGAGCGCGAAGCCCAACCGUCGACGAUUGCUCAUCACUUCUACUUUUUCGAUCAUUAUCAAUAUCAUCCUUACGUCCUGGACACUUGUCAUCGCGCUUGCUGCUUCAUGGUGGGCGGACAAGUUCAGCAGAAAGAUGCUCUGUACGUCGUCUUUGGUCGGCCAGAUCGUUACGCUGUUCCUACUCGGAGGCUUCACCAAACUCUGGGGACUGUCAACCAACACCAGUGGUAUAUAUGCCACCAUAGCGAUGAUCUUCCUCUACAACGCAACGUACGCGUGGGGCAUCACGCCUCUUACUGUGCUGUACCCGCCCGAAGUCCUGUCUUACGAGAUCCGCUCGAUAGGAAUGUCAAUCUACACUUUGACAACAAAGCUGUGCGGUCUGCUUGCUGCAAUGGCGAUUCCAUACGGUCUCAACGCCCUAGGCUACCAAUUCUACUUCGUCAACGCCAGCUUUGACGUUCUGAUGGUCAUAUUUGUGCUCUUUGUCUGGGUUGAGACCCGGGGCUUGACCCUUGAAGAGGUCGACAAGCUGUUCGACAGCGAGAAGCGUGAAACCGUCAUUGAGCAUGUCAAGGAAGAAGUGGGCGUGAAUCUGGACCGGGCAGAGGACAAGACUGCCACCGUCACUGAAGCCAGACUCUAG